AUGCAUGAUAACGAUAGAAGAAGAAGAAGAAGAAGAAGAAGAAGAAGAAGAAGACGAAGAAGACGAAGAAGAAGAAGAAGAAGAGGAGGAGGAGGAGGAGCAACCAAAACAACGACAAGCCUCCAUGCUUAAAUCAAGCACCGAAAACUAUUCAGAGAUCGGGGAACAACUGGAGAAACAGUUUUUACGAAGCUGAUGGACUUUCUGCAUAAUAGUGGACAAUAUAAACACAUUUGAAUAAUGAUCAAAAGGUGCAGAUAUAACAAACAGUAGAGGGCAGCAAUAUGUCAUUGCAGUGUCUAGUCUGCCGAAUCCAAUAAGAAGAAAAAGUGUUUGAGGAGGAACCUAGGUGAAGUGAUUAUACAUCAGUCGUUGGGAGAUAUGGAGUUCUAAUCGCUUCAACAUGCUGAUAAACUCAGAACAGGAGGCACUGAUUGGACUGGUGUUUGAAACCUAUCUGACAGAACAUCAUCAUGGUGACAUUCUUCAGCUUAUUGCAGAUGCUAAUGAGGAGACCCAUCACCCUGUCCUUGUCAAUGCAAUGACAUUGUUUGAAACAAAUAUGGAGGUUGGGGACUAUUUCAACGCCUAUCCGAACGAUGUCCUGGCUAUAUUUGAUAAAGUGUUACAAAGAACAGCGAUGGACUUGUCACAGAAUGCUUCUCUCAAGCACUUCGAAGGACAAAGAACAAAGGAGCACCGAAUGAGAAACACACUUCAUGCUCGCAUUACAGGUUUACCAGUUUGUCCAGAACUGACCAGAGAGACCAUUCCCAGGUCAAGAGACGUAGGGCAUUUUUUGUCUGUCACUGGUACUAUCAUACGUACCAGUGUUGCAAAGGUUCUGGAAUUUGAGCGUGAUUACAUGUGUGACAAGUGUCGACAUGUUUUCUCGAUGCAGGCAGAUUUUGACCAGUUCUAUGCCUCAGUCCCACCUGUGAACUGCCCUAAUCCUGAUGGCUGUAAUUCAUACAAAUUCAGCUGUUUGUCAGGAGGAUCUGAGCCUUCAGCCUGCAAGGACUAUCAGGAGAUCAAGAUACAAGAACAAGUGCAGAGGCUGUCAGUGGGCAGUAUUCCUCGUUCUAUGGUGGUAGUUCUUGAGGAUGACCUGGUCGACAGUUGUAAAUCUGGAGAUGACGUGACCGUCUAUGGAGUAAUGUGCCAACGCUGGAAGCCCUUAUAUGAGGGCACUCGCAGUGAUGUGGAGAUGGUCCUCAAAGCUAACAAUAUAGAAGUAAACAACAAACAGACUGCUUCUGCACUGCUCAUGAAGGAUGUUCUGCAAGAAUUUGCUGUUUUCUGGGAUAAUUACAAACAUGAUCCCAUAGCUGGUAGAAACCAGAUCUUGUUGAGCCUGUGCCCACAGGUAUUUGGCAUGUAUGUGAUUAAACUGGCAGUGGCCAUGGUGUUGGCUGGCGGAGUGCAGAGGAUAGAUUCUUCUGGGACCAAGAUCAGGGGUGAGUGUCAUAUGCUGCUGGUUGGUGACCCAGGAACGGGGAAGUCUCAAUUCUUGAAGUAUGCUGCUAAGAUCAUGCCUCGUUCUGUACUCACAGCUGGCAUUGGCUCAACAAGUGCAGGACUGACUGUUGCAGCAGUGAAGGAUGGAGGUGAUUGGCACCUGGAGGCAGGAGCUCUGGUCCUGUCAGAUGGUGGUUUGUGCUGCAUCGAUGAAUUCAACAGCAUCAAGGAACAUGACCGCAUCAGCAUUCAUGAAGCUAUGGAGCAACAGUCUAUAAGUGUGGCCAAAGCUGGUAUGGUUUGUAAGCUGAACACUCGCUGCACCAUCCUGGCAGCUACCAACCCUAAAGGCCAGUACAAUCCCAAUGAGCCACUGUCUGUGAAUAUAGCUCUGGCCAGUCCUCUGCUGAGUCGUUUUGACCUGGUCCUUGUUCUGCUGGACACCAGAAAUGCAGAGUGGGACCACACUAUCUCCUCUUUUAUUCUGGAGGACAGAGGACUGGCUGCUGAGUCUUCCAGCCUGUGGCCCAUGGACAAAAUGAAGGCUUACUUCUGUGCGAUUAAACACCUGCAGCCACAGGUGUCUGACGAAGCCAACAGCAUCCUGACACGUUAUUACCAGCUGCAGAGACAAAGUGAUGGCCGCAAUGCUGCUCGCACCACCAUCCGCAUGCUGGAGAGUCUAAGCCGACUGGCUGAAGCACAUGCCAGGCUUAUGUACAGAGAGACAGUGACCAUAGAGGAUGCUGUCAUGGCUGUCUCUGUCAUGGAGUGCUCAAUGCAGGGCGGUGCUCUGCUAGGUAAUGUAAAUGCACUACUGACCUCAUUCCCUGAGGACCCUGGUCAGCAGUAUGAAGCUCAGUCUCAGGUACUACUGGAAGGGCUGAACCUGCCAUUGCUCCUUCAGAAGGAGAUGGAUAGACUGGCCAGGCUAAAAAGCUACACCUCAAAUGCCUCCAAGUUUGAUUCACAUACUGCUCAUUACCAGCGUCACCCCAGGGACACAAACACCCAAAACCAAACACACGUCCAUGGCAUGACCAGUGUCUACAAGGGUGAUGCCACGGUGGAGAGUGGCUUGGACUGGUUCCACUCCAUCACUUCAUCAGGGUCACCAGAUGAUUUGACCCCAACAUUAACAUCAACUCAAGAAAACCUGAACAGAAAACUAAACUCGAUGGGGGCAGAAACAACUACUGCAAUUAAACAACGGACCUGUCAAAUUGAGGAGGACUAUCAAAAAAACAUAGGCUCAACAUUGACCCAUGAAGGAACUGUUACCACAUCCAAAGAAGAAAACGAAAAAACUGAGAAAAAUGAAUACAUCAAAGAAAAAAGCUCAGUUUGCCAAGAGGUACAUCAGCCUGAAAGACAGAAAGAUGAACAACAUUCAGAGUCAUUGGGGUGUGUAUUUCAGAGGGUCACCAAGAAUCUGAGAGACAGAAGACUCGGAGAGCAGGAGUCAAAUAAUCUGCAGUGUAACAAAGUGGAAGGACGGGGACAUGGAGACAGUGUGGUGUUCUCAGACAGUAAAGGUAAAAAUGUGAAUCAUGUUUUAAAUGCGAAUCCAGAUUCACAGAGAAGCACCAUAAUGUCAUUAAGUAAAAACCUGCCUUCUAAUUACCUAAUGCAGAAGAAUCAGUCCUGUGGCAAACAACGGAGAUUUGAGAAAGAAGACAAAAUAAAUCAGACUGAGACUAAGAACAUCUGCACUGCGCAAGGGGAAAAUAUUUCAUCUGAAGCUGACAAAACUAAAGAAUUGUUAAAUUUUACAUUACAUCACAACAGCACUGCAAUCUCAAAUGUCAGUGCAAAGUUUCAAACUGAAGAUAACUUGGGCAGCAGAGGUCUCCAUGACUACACAGGCAGCAGAAUAGGUAGACAGAAGUUAGUUGGGCAUGAUGAGUUAGCCCGACCAUCUACAGACACAGAGAAGAUUGAAAGAAAGAAAAACCUGAAUCAGUUCCAAAGUCUUGUGCAAGGUAGGUGCAGUAGAAAAAGUGAGGUGGCUGAGUGUUGGUCUGAAGAUAGUACUUGUUUCACAUCAGUCGAGCUGGAUAGGAAUGUUUUUUCUUUGGGAAAGGAAAUAUCUGCCCAAGGCAAAGGUGUUGGUAGAAUUAAGAAAAGUAAUGAUUCAGAAAAUCUGUGUCAGCAACAAAGAACCAGAGACAACAAUAGUGAUAUGACUAUAGAAGAUGACUUUACUGGCAGCCCACAUUUAAAUACAAGCACUCAAUUCAAUGAUUCCACACCAUUCCAUCCAGGCCACACAAAGUCCAGUAUACCCUCUUCAACUCUUGCUAAACUCUCCAGAUUCUCUUUCACCUGCACAACUAAACCCACGACUACUGCUCCAAUGCAAGUGGAAAUAAAUCCUCCAACUGAAGAGGAAAAAGGUUUGUUUAAAAGAAAGCAAGGGAGAGAGUCACCAACUAGAACAAAUUUUAAAGCAAAGCAGAGAGAGACUGUACAUGCUGCAAAGAGAGUGAUGAAUGGUGAUCUUGAGUAUGAAAGCACAGUCAAUGUGAAGAAGAGAAGGUGUUUUAAGAUGGGCCCUCCACCAAGUAUUGUUCAUGAUUCCAAAGGUGCAUUCUCUGGACUGUCCCUGUUUGACUCGGUUGAGAUUAGCAAUGAUGUUCUUGACACUGACUGGGACCAAGAGUUUUCAAACCGAGGCAAUCUUUGAAAUCAUAGGCCCAUGUAAAAAUGGGUUUGGACAAUAGUAAUUUACUCUGAUUUAGUUACCUCCCUUACCCUGAAAAUAAACGUCUUCAAUUGUUCCAGAAGUUCAGGUGUUCAUCCUGCUGUUGUAUUUAAUCUCUAAGAAUAUUUGUGAUGUUCUGACCUUGUGAUUUAGUCAUUAACCCGCUUCCUUAUAGACCGGAAAGGUGUAAUGACAAAAUAUGUCCUCAAACAAAUGCACAAAUAGUACUCAACACGCAUGUGUCCUGGUCCAGCAGAAUUACUACCCAAGCUGGUAGAUAAUUAUUUAUGCGAACUGGGACCUUUUAGAUCCAUCACUGCAUCCAUCCAUGUUGCCUAGAAGCCAUUAACACCUUUCCUUGACACUGACGUCCACUCUCAGUUUGAAGGUAAUUUUUUCCCCUUACACAGUGACAGACCACGUGGAGAUUUAAAGCUGCCAGAAAAACAUUUAUUAAAGAGGCCCAUUUCUUUUGUAUUGAUGUCCAAUUACCCAAAAGCCAAUCUCUUUCAUUUACUUUAAAGACUUCUUUGUGCUACAAGUCUGAGAGCAUGACUGUUAUAGAAGUCCAACUUGCUGAAUAGAUGGAGACAAAUCAGGACAAGUGAAAGUCACUCAGACACACAUUGGAAGAACAGAUGAAAGUAAACAACAGAAUAAGAUAAAUAUCCUUAUGCAAUUCAUAUGUGCAUUAUUGUUUUAACAAAAUGCCACAUUUAUUUUGUUCUUAAGCAAUUUUUUAUUUUAAUUAUUGGCUGACAUUGAUAGCAAUAAUACUGAUUGUAGAUGCAAGGUUUUUGUUCCACAUGAAAUUAAAUCACACUGAGACUCAGGACACACAACAACAACGGUUCUGAAUGGGCAGUUCAUUUAAUCUUUGGUAAUGCUUUGGAUUUUUCCCUUAAACAGUCAAAUAAUACACGAUUGUUUUUAUUGUUUGUGUGCUUGAUGUUGUGUGCAGAGCCAAUUUGAUUGUCAAUAUUUUCUAUUAAAUUAAAAUGAAUUUUCUUUA